UGCGAGCCACACCGCCGUGCAGGCUGAGGACGCUCCGCCACGUCCCUGGGAGGCGGAUCCGCCAUUUCGCCGCGAGGCGGGGCCGUGUGGCCGUGAGGCGGGGCCGUGAGGCGGUACCGUGUGGCCGUGAGGCGCUACCGUGAGGCGGGGCCGUGUCACCGUGAGGCGGGGCCGUGAGGCGGGGCCGUGUGGCCGUGAGGCGGGGCCGUGUCACCGUGAGGCGGGGCCGCCCUUGCGGCUCGGCCGGAGCGAUGUGGGCGGUGCUGGGCAGGCUCGGCGUGGCGCAGGCCGUGGGCCCGGCCCGAUUAAUCGCCGUGCGCCCCGCGGCCGCAGGAGCCUUCUCCAUACCCCACGUUACCAUGGCCACCCACUUCUCCAAGGAUCAGGAGGAGAGAAUCAGGUGUGUGAAGGGGGACCUGUUCUCGUGCCCCAGCACGGACGCCCUGGCUCACUGCAUCAGCGAGGAUUGCCGCAUGGGCGCCGGCAUCGCCGUGCUCUUCAAGAAGAAGUUUGGAGGCGUCCAAGAGCUCCUGGAUCAAAAGAAGAAGACGGGGGAGGUGGCGGUUCUGCAGAGGGACGAGCGGUACAUUUAUUACCUGAUUACAAAGCAGAAGGUUUCUCACAAGCCCACGUAUGAGAGCAUGCAGAAGAGUUUGGAAGCCAUGAAAGCUCACUGCCUGAACAAUGGAGUCACUGACAUCUCCAUGCCCAGGAUUGGAUGUGGACUGGAUGGCCUGCAGUGGGAAAAGGUGUCAGCCAUCCUUGAGGAAGUGUUUGAGAACACUGACAUCAAGAUCACAGUUUACAGCCUGUGAGCAGAACAAAGAUCCCCAUUUCCCCCAACUUUGGGAGCAGAACCUGUGAACUGACACGGGGUGAGCACGUUCUGCAUUCGGGUGUCACUUGUGUGACAGCGACAGGGGCUUGCAGCAGCAGCAGCUCCAGAGAAGCUCACUUGGGGCCGGUAAGGAGCAGGAGGCAGCGGCGCUGUGCCCGCCCCGGGGAGCUCCGUGCGGGCCUGCAGCCGCCAGGUGUCACUGCGGCUCCACGCGGCCGCACCGAGCCGCUGCCUCCCGGGGACGGGGUUCUGCAGAGCUGCCCCAGGCACCUCUGCUUUGUUCUCUCUGCCGUGUCCUGCCUGGCACUCGGGUCACUCACUCACCUGCUCUCACCUGUGGUUUCAUUUCUCCCUUCUGGCCACAAAUUGGGUUUGUUGAGAUCGUGCUCACUCAGGAUCAUGCUGUGAUGUUUAAAUAAACAGUGCCCUGCUGUUGGA